AGUAUUGAUACUCAACAUCAAUUUUCUGACCGAAGACAUAUUUUCCAUUUCCAUUCCCUUAUUAUAUUCUUAACACUCAAACUCAAAGAUUGUCCAUAAUAAUCUCUCAAUGUCUCUUAUUCUAAAGAUAUAGGGAAAAUGGAUGCAAGAGGAAAACAUAUUAUAGAAAACCAACAUCUCAUUUCAUACCAAAAUGUCAUCAUAAUGAGGCAUGGUGACCGUCUCGAUAACAUUGAUCCCUUGUGGGCAACCACAGCAUCGCGGCCGUGGGAUCCACCCCUAGCUCAAGCCGGUCGCAUUCGGGCCUUUCAAACUGGUAAAGGGAUCGAACAUAGUCUCAAAUAUGCAAUCCAUCAAGUUUUUGUGUCUCCUUUCCUUCGUUGCGUCCAAACUAUUGUCGAACUCAUUGCCGCCCUCUCUACCAUCAAUGAAGGUCUUGAAACCUUCAUUGGUGAAGACAACCUUGUUGGCACUUCAAAAGUCAAGGUUUCUAUUGAGUAUGGAUUAUGUGAAGUGUUGAACAAUGUAGCUAUUCGUCCCAACGUUGCUCCUAAAGAUGGAAAUAUAAGUUUUGAUAUAUCAGUACUUGAAGCCUUGCUCCCAGCUGGGACAGUGGAUAAUAAUGUUGAAAGGGUGUAUAAUGAGUUACCUCAAUGGGGAGAGUCAUUUUCUGAAGCAAGGGCUAGGUAUCAGCAAACAAUCAUUAAGCUUGCAGAUAAAUAUCCUACUGAGAACUUGUUAUUUCUAACACAUGGGGAAGCACUUCAAAUGGUACUUUCUUCAACCAGAAAAGAUGAUGCAAAUACCAAGGCAAAACUGCAAUACUGUGCAUAUGUAGAACUUAAACGUCCUAUUUUCAAAAAAGAUCAAUCACUUGCUGGUGGAGAGUUCAAUGUACUUCCUCGUUAUAGUCAAACCGGUGUGAGCUAUAUUUCCUCAACAGAUCCUUCAGGUGAAAAUAUCAACCAAACUUCAAAAUGAUAAAGGAGCUUAUACAUGGGAAGAUCAUGCAAAUUUGUAAAAGAUUUUCAAAUUUAUAUUUAAUAAACAUGUUAUUCUAAGUGGCUGUACUACCUGACAUAUUUUUAUGCAAAUUUGUCAUGAUUUGUGAUACAUUGCAAGACAACUGUACAAAACUAUAAUUAUAUUUUCAUAAAUCCAAUAUCAUCCUUCAUUGUA